GAAGAAACCAAAAUGACGCAUAAACCCAUCAAUCACGCCUCUUCGGUUUUGAUCGUUGGAGCCGGAACCUGGGGCUGCUCAACCGCUUUACAUUUAGUUCGUCGAGGAUAUACAAAUGUCACGGUCCUGGAUCCUUAUCCAGUGCCGUCAGCAAUUGCGGCUGGGAAUGACGUCAACAAAAUCAUGGAACACAAGGAGCUGAAAGACGCGAACCCGGACGCGAGAAGCCUCGCUUUCGCAACCUGCACACGAGCAGCAUUGAGAGGCUGGAAGACAGACCCCGUUUUCCAGCCAUAUUUCUAUGAGACAGGUUUUAUCGUGUCGGGACACACUCCAGCUCUCAUCCAGCACAUCAAGGAAGAUGAAAUCGAUCCUUCUGAUGCCGAAUUCGUGUCGCUGGAGACGGCAGACGACUUUCGUAAAACGAUGCCGCCAGGAGUUCUCACAGGGGGCUUUCCCGGCUGGAAAGGAUGGUUUAGCAAGAGUGGGGCAGGUUGGAUUCACGCUCAGAAGGCAAUGGUCUCUGCAUAUACGGAAGCUCAACGCCUAGGGGCAAGAUUCAUAACGGGCACACCAUCGGGUAAAGCUGUCGCUUUGCUUUAUGAGAAUGGGGAUGUGGUGGGAGCCCGGACGGAGGACGGAGGAUGCCAUCGGGCAGACCACACUAUUUUGGCUGCGGGGGCUGGGAGUGAUCGUCUGUUGGAUUUCAAGAAACAGUUGCGUCCUACAUCCUGGACCCUGUGCCAUAUAAAGAUGACACCGGAAGAAGCGAAGAAAUAUCGGAACCUUCCAGUUCUCUUCAAUAUUGCAAAGGGCUUCUUCAUGGAACCGGAUGAAGAUAAACAUGAGCUUAAGAUCUGCGAUGAACACCCUGGAUACUGCAACUUCCUUCGUGACCCAUCGCAUGAUGACGAGAUUCGAAGCAUACCAUUUGCAAAGCAUCAGAUUCCGCUCGAAGCAGAGAUGCGCGCCAGAGACUUUUUGAAAGAUACGAUGCCACAUCUUGCGGAUAGACCAUUUUCUUUUGCGAGGAUUUGCUGGGAUGCCGAUACGCCAGACCGUGCGUUCUUGAUUGAUCGUCAUCCUGAGCACCCUUCGCUCCUUGUCGCAGUGGGAGGGUCCGGUAAUGGAGCGAUGCAGAUGCCUACCAUUGGUGGCUUUAUCUCUGAUGCUUUAGAAGGGCAUCUACAAAAGGAGCUGAAGUCCGUUGUGCGAUGGCGCCCUGAAACAGCAGUGAAUCGCGAUUGGCACUCUACGCAGAAUCGCUUCGGAGGACCAGACAAGAUCAUGGACUUUCAGAAGUUGAACGAAGAUGAGUGGACUCAGAUACAAGAGAAUGAGUACAGCAAGCUAUAG